AUGAAGUAUGUAGUAGUGGUAGGAGGUACCAUGAGCGGUAUCGGCAAGGGUACCCUCCUCAGUAGUAUAGGCGUUGUUCUUCGGUCGAGGAAUAUAUCCUGUACCGCGGUGAAGAUCGAUCCAUACCUUAACCAAGAUGCCGGAACAAUGUCUCCUGAUGAACACGGAGAGGUCUAUGUUCUGGAAGACGGUGGAGAGGCCGACUUGGACCUCGGAAAUUACGAAAGAUUUUUGAAUCUUCGACUUACACGUGACCAUAGUAUUACAUCUGGCAAGGUCUACCGGAGUGUGUUCGACAAGGAACGGCGAGGAGCCUACUUGGGGAAAACUGUCCAGGUUGUACCUCACGUUGUUGAUGAGAUUAUUGACUGGGUUGAAAAUGUAUCAACCAAACAUGUAGACAUUCUAAACUGGAAGGACCCCGAGAUUUGUCUACUGGAAAUUGGCGGCACUGUAGGAGAUAUUGAGUCUGAAGUGUACAUUGAAACACUCAGACAGCUUCGCCUGAGAGUAGGACCUGAAAAUAUUUGCGUUUGCCACCUAUCCUACAUUCCCAUUGUUGGACAUUCUCAGGAACAAAAGUCAAAGCCAACUCAACACUCUGUAAAGGCGAUGCUUGAACGUGGUUUGCAGCCAGACAUGAUCUUUUGUCGCUGCAAAAAUCAGUUAACAAAGGAAACUAGAGAGAAAAUCGCCCUAUUCACUCAGGUAAAGGCAAAGAAUGUUAUUAGUGUUCACAACACUACGGAUUUGUACAAUGUACCUCUUAUUCUGAACGAGCAAAACGUUGCAGAAUCUAUAUUAGAGCAUUUAAAAUUUACUCCAAAAUCCUCCGAUCCAAUGCCAUUCCAUUACACUCUUGACCAUUGGAAACGCUACUGUAGAAACCCUGAAAAUGAUGUUGUCACUAUCGGAAUCGUAGGAAAGUAUACCGUUUCUAGUGAUUCAUACCUAUCAAUUUUAAAUGCCCUAAAGCAUUCGACACUUGAGUCAAACUUGAGAUUGGAGAUCCGUUGGAUUGACUACACACUUUUAUCCGACUAUGGAUCCGAGACCUUUGUUAAUAACUUCAAGGGAGUUGAUGGUGUAUUGGUUCCAGGUGGUUUUGGUACGAGAGGAUUUGAUGGUAAAAGAUUGGCAACAAGAUAUUGUAGAAAAAACAAGAUACCCCUAUUGGGUAUAUGUCUUGCACUUCAGUUGGCCAUCGUUGAUAUAGCGAUGGAGUUCGAGCCAAAUGCAUGUCAUGGAGAGGAAACGAAUGCUCCAGAAGAACAUCAGGUCAUUAUUGCAAUGCCAGAGUACAUUGGCGAAAACAACAAAGGAGGUACUAUGCGCCUAGGAAGUAAGACUACAGUCAUAAAGAAGGAUACAUUGGCCCAUAAACUAUACGAUCACAGUGAUACGAUUGUAGAACGACACAGACACAGGUACGAAGUAAACACAAAGUACAUUGAGAGACUGGAGCAAACGGGUGUUGUUUUCUCAGGAAAGGAUGUCACUGGGAAUAGAAUGAGCAUUGCAGAACUUCCGGAUCAUCCCUUCUUCUUCUGCACACAAUUCCACCCGGAAUAUACAUCCACACCCAUUAAACCAAGUCCUCCAUUUUUGGGUUUUGUUCUUGCUGCAAAAGACAUGCUCAAGGCUAGGUUGGAUAAAUUCUCUGGAAAACUACAAUCCGGAUCAUCAUAUUCUACAGUGUAG